AUGAUUAAAUUAGGGCACAUGCUUGCUUAAGAGUAGGCUAAACUAAAAUCAGAACUAAAGGCCGCUUAGAAGUAAAGAACCACUAGAAAUACAACAUCAUCCACAUUUUAUCCAAACAUAUCCAAAACGUCCACCUUAUUAUAAAAGUCAUAAGUGAGUCCCUUUAUUAACACAGACUUCAUUAGUUAGAAUUGCUCUCCAAUUAACUCGCCCAAAUUGCAUACUCAUCCUUCUGAUCCAGAUCCUUCAUAUAGAUUUAACAAAUAAAUUCACCCAUCAUAUAGGAAUAAGCUUGAAACAGUUUAAUUGCCACCCAACAAGCCUCCUUUGAGAAGAGGCAAUAAAAUAACCAAUUUAAGAAACUUAAAUAAUAAUAGUAUCGCCUAGUCAAAUCCACUUAAAGGUGAGGAAUCAAAAGAAAAAUUAUUAUAGUAGACUCACUUUUUAUGUGCAAUUAUGUAAUAAUCUCAUAGUGCAACCGGCAAAAUCGUGGCUAGCUUUCUAAAUGGAUAGUUAGAAAAAAAUAGUUACGAAUCAAUUAUAUAAAUGGAAAAGUCAGCCUAGGCACUUUAGUAGUCUGCCAAAGAAAUGUCAAAGGCAUUGUUUAUAUCUGAUGAUGAAGGGGAAUUCGAAAACCUUUAAAACAAAUUCAUAGAUCAGAUUAGGUUCUCUAAAUAUAGGAAACCAAAUUAAGAAAAAAAUAUUAUUUUUAAAAGAAAUUACGGUCAAAAGCACGAGAUGAUGAUAGAUUAAGUAGCAUCUUAGAGAUAAAAGACUGAUGAGAAUUAGGAUUUUGAUGUAUUUAUUCCUAAAUCUCAAAUGGACUAAUUUUUUUAAAUAAUUCAAGACAAAAUAGAUGGAAGAAUGAAGGAGUAGACUGAAUAAUUAAUAAAGGAUGAGUAAAAAUUAAUAAAUGGAAUGAUUGCAAAUGUUAAAAAGUUUAGAGAAGACAUCAGAGAAGUUAAUUACACAAUGAAUCACGUAAGAAAGAAUAAAAAGGCGUUAUAACCAUAAUAACCAUCUGCUUAUCGAACACUAAAGACUCUAAGAACACUAAAGACUCAAUCAUCGGCAAGGCUUUAGAGUCCAAAAACUCAAAGAUUAGACGAAGAAGCCAAGGCUGAUCUCAGGUUAAGAGUGAUGAAAGCUCUUAGAAAUUUUAUGGACAGAUUAAAGCGAUUCAAUAUAACUUUAAAUGAUGUUGUGAAUAAUUAAGUGUUCCCCUCUUAAGCAUAUGAAAGACCUAAUAGUGUUGAAUUUUUUAGGUAAGUAAAAGCUGACAACUUAAGAGAAAUCGAGAGCAUGUUAAGAGAUUGUCGUUUUCAUGUUUACGAUCGUGAUAAUUAAUAGAAAACUCCCCUGCAUCAUGCUGUUGGCAAUAACUCAAUAGAAGUUAUUAAAUUAUUAGUUGAAAACGGUGCUGAUCUAGAUGCUAGAGAUAUGAUGGGUAGAACUCCGUUACAUAUAGCUGCCAAAAAUAACAAUUGUGAUACCGUUAGAGUGUUACUAGUUUAUUAAGCAAAUCCUUCAAUUAAAACGGUUGCAGGAAAAACUGCCUAGGAUCUUACAGAAAUGCCAGUCAUUAAAGCUUUAGUGAAAAAUGCCAAAAAGCUCCAUUUUAUGAUGAAUUUGUAACCAUCUAAGAAGAAAAAGGAUUUUUGGGUUGAGAAGGCAAUAGUUUACUUUUAAGAAGAUGAUCCAGAAAAGAUACUGAAAUUGUAGCUUUAUAAGAAUUAAGCAAAAUUAUUUUUAUCGUGA